AGAUCUGUUCUUCACUCUUGCUUCGAGCAGAAUGAAAGCCCAUAAAUUCCUCUCUCUGGGAUACAUCAUCUUGCCCCUGCUGUGUUCUCAACAGACCUGGGCUCAAUUCCCAAGACAGUGUGCCACUGUUGAGGCUCUGAGAAAUGGUGUGUGUUGCCCAGACCUGUCCCCACUGUCUGGGCCUGGGACUGACCGCUGUGGCUCCUCGUCAGGGCGGGGCAGGUGUGAGGCAGUGACUGCAGACUCACGACCCCACAGCCCCCAUUACCCGCAUGAUGGCAGAGAUGAUCGGGAGGCUUGGCCCACGAGGUUCUUCAACAGGACAUGCCGAUGCAAUGGCAAUUUCUCAGGACACAACUGUGGGACUUGCCGUCCUGGAUGGAAAGGAGCUGCCUGUGACCAGAGAGUUCUCAUAGUCAGGAGAAAUCUUCUGGACUUGAGUGCAGAAGAAAAGAACCACUUUGUCCAGGCCCUGCAUCUGGCCAAGCGGACAAUGCACCCUCAGUUUGUCAUCGCCACCAGGAGAUCAGAAGAAAUAUUGGGGCCAGAUGGCAACACGCCACAAUUUGAGAACAUUUCCAUUUACAACUACUUUGUUUGGACACACUACUAUUCGGUCAAAAAGACUUUCCUUGGGCCGGGACAGGAAAGCUUUGGAGAAGUGGAUUUCUCUCACGAGGGACCGGCUUUUCUCACAUGGCACAGGUACCACCUUCUGCAAUUGGAGAGAGACAUGCAGGAAAUGUUGCAGGAUCCUUCAUUUUCCCUUCCUUACUGGAAUUUUGCAACCGGGAAGAACAUCUGUGACAUUUGCACCGAUGACCUCAUGGGAUCGAGAAGCAACUUUGACCCCACUCUUAUAAGCCUGAACUCUGUCUUUUCUCAAUGGCAAGUGGUCUGCGAGUCCUUGGAGGAUUAUGAUACCCUGGGAACACUUUGUAAUAGCACUGAGGGGGGGCCAAUUAGGAGAAAUCCAGCUGGAAAUGUGGCGAGGCCAAUGGUACAACGUCUUCCUGAACCACAGGAUGUCGCCCAGUGUUUGGAAGUUGGUUUAUUUGACACCCCUCCUUUUUAUUCCAAUUCUACAAACAGUUUCCGAAAUACAGUAGAAGGUUACAGCGAUCCCACAGGAAAGUAUGACCCUGCUAUUCGAAGCCUUCACAAUUUGGCUCAUCUAUUCCUGAAUGGAACAGGGGGACAAACCCAUUUAUCUCCAAACGAUCCUAUUUUUGUCCUCCUGCACACUUUCACUGACGCGGUCUUUGAUGAAUGGCUGAGGAGAUAUAAUGCUGAUGUAUCCACAUUUCCAUUGGAAAAUGCCCCAAUUGGACAUAAUAGGCAAUACAAUAUGGUGCCAUUCUGGCCUCCAGUUACCAACAUAGAAAUGUUUGUCACUGCUCCAGACAAUCUGGGAUAUACUUAUGAAGUUCAAUGGCCAAGUCGGAAUUUUAGUAUUUCUGAACUUGUUACUAUAGGAGUAGUUGCUGCUUUAUCCCUGGUCGCGGUCAUUUUUGCCGGUGCUUCUUGUAUGAUUCGUGCCAGAAGCAACAUGGAUGAAGCACAUCAGCCUCUUCUCACUGAUCAAUAUCAACACUAUGCUGAAGAAUAUGAAAAAAUGCACAAUCCUAAUCAGUCUAUGGUCUAAUGACAAACGACCAAUUCUCUGAUACAUUAGCAUCACAAGAACACCUGGUUGAAACAUAACAGAUGAAAUUACUUUAUGUUCUUUUCCUCCAUUACUUUCUUUCUUAUGCACGCCCAUGUUGGAAUUAGAGCUCUACAUAUUAUUUGCUAGAGCACAGAGAGUCACAGUCUUUUUAAUACAUUCUUUUUUCCAACUCUAUUUCAAAUGGUAGGUUGUAUGUUAACAAACUAGAAUUUAAAUAAAAACUUGAAACAUUAAAAAAAUAAAAAAA